AUGAUUGAUAUAUAUUUAGAGAAAGCAUUUGCCGAAGCUCUACUAAUUAAAACUACAACCUUUGAGUCUAGUGAAGAAUGGGAAAUAUAUCAAGCAGACGCUAGAACUGAUCCAGAGAAAGCAUUUGUAGUUGAGGUUCAAGAACCUUUACUAUGGGUGUAUCUAUCCGAAUCACAAAACAAGAAUGCUAAGGCUUUCAUAAGAGUAGUAAAGAAAUACUAUCAGAGAUGGUGUGAGGAUAAAUUGAGAUUUCAGAUUCCAGAUGAAGAUAUUGUUACUGCCGAAAUUGCAGUCUAUGACAAAGGCGGAAUCGCGAACAAACCAAUGAAUAUCACGAAAGCUAGAAACUAUUGCAAAUGGAUUAUUAAGAGAAACCAGUUGGAUAAAGAACGUCCACAUCUAUUUAGUCCCAUUAAGAGAAGAAGACUUAGAAAAUCACGAUGA